AGAGAGGCUAGGUAACUUUCCCAAGAUUACAAGGCCAAACUUCCUUGCUGCAGAGCCCACCCUCUCACUUAGCACCACUGGCACAUGGUGGGCCGCUCAUAAUUGUGAGCCAUGAUGCUGAGAGUUGUUGGGGCUGUUAUUGGGGGUCUCCUUUCCUGACCCGCUAUUCUGAACUCUGUUCCCAUCAGUUAAUAAUUAACUACCCCCCAAGGAGCCUGUGAUCCCGAAGCUUUGCCUUGCCUUGGCUACUGCCUGGUUAAUCUGUCACUGGUCUGGCCGGGCAAGGGGCACUUGGUAGACCUGCUGCCCCCAAGCCCCUUUACCCGGUGUGGAAGUGGCCAGGCAUCCUGAUGCUCUGGACGUGCCGAGUGCUCUGUCCCCAAGCCGGCCCCUCCGCUGGGGGCUGGCAGCCCCUCAGCUUUGACGGGGGGGCCUUCCACCUCAAGCGCACAGGAGAGCUCACACGGGCUUUGCUGGUGCUACGGCUGUGUGGCUGGCCCCCUCUGGUCACCCAUGGGCUGGCGCUCCAGGCCUGGUCUCAGCGCCUCCUGGGCUCCCGGCUCUCGGGCGCACUUCUCCGAGCAUCCAUCUACGGGCAGUUUGUGGCUGGCGAGACGGCAGAGGAGGUGAGGGGCUGUGUCCAACAGCUCCAGACCCUCUGCCUCCGGCCCCUGCUGGCAGUGCCCACUGAGGAGGAGCCGGACUCGGCUGUCAAGAUUGGUGAGGCCUGGUACGAAGGCAACCUCAGCGCCAUGCUACGGUGCGUGGACCUGUCACGAGGGCUCCUGGAGGCCCCUGGCCCGACUGGGAACAUCCUCAUGCAGCUGAAGAUGACGGCGCUGACCAGCACUCGGCUCUGUAGGGAGCUAACCUCAUGGGUCAGAAGGCUGGGGGCUUCCUGGGAGCUGAGCCCCGAGAGGCUGGCAGAAGCCAUGGACUCUGGGCGGGGCCUCCAGAUCUCUUGCUUGAAUGCCGAGCAAAACCAGCAUCUCCAGUCUUCUCUGAGCCGCCUGCACCGGGUGGCACAGCAUGCCCAGGCCCAGCGCGUGCGGCUCCUGGUGGAUGCUGAGUACACCUCGCUGAACCCUGCCCUGUCUCUGCUGGUGGCCGCCCUGGCCGAGCGCUGGAACCGCCCCGGGGAAGGCGGGCCCUGGGUGUGGAACACCUACCAGGCUUAUCUGAAGGACACACACGAGCGGCUGAGGCGGGAUGCUGAGGCUGCAGACAGGGCCGGCCUGGCCUUUGGAGUGAAGUUGGUCCGAGGGGCGUAUCUGGACAAGGAGAGAGAGGUGGCCCGGCUCCAGGGGACCCAAGAUCCCACUCAGCCUGACUACGAGGCUACCAAUCAGAGUUACAGCCGCUGUCUGGAGCUGAUGCUGGCCCAUGUGUCCCACCGUGGCCCCAUGUGUCACCUCAUGGUGGCUUCCCACAACGAGGAAUCUGUUCAACAGGCAACCAAGCGCAUGUGGGAGCUGGGCAUUCCUCUGGAUGGGCCUGUCUGUUUUGGACAACUUCUGGGGAUGUGUGACCACGUCUCCCUGGCACUGGGGCAAGCCGGCUACGCUGUGUAUAAGUCCAUCCCCUACGGCUCCCUGGAGGAGGUGAUCCCCUACCUGAUCCGGAGGGCCCAGGAGAACCGGAGUGUGCUGCGGGGCGCCCGCAGGGAACAGGAGCUGCUCAGCCAAGAACUUCGGCGCAGGCUGCUGGGGCGGGGCCUAGGCGGACCCCGUUAGCACCCGCAGGGGUCAUGUGGUCAAUAAAGGUCGUGAGCUGCUGCCCUGCA